UUCCUCCUUUCUUGCGAGAUGCCAUGGAUAUAACUGAAUAAGCCGCUCAGGGCUCUCCCGCGUGGACGCCCGAAGCCACCAUCCGCCUGCGUUCUCCGGAGCCCAGAGCUUCGCUCCAGCCUCGGGCAGGGAAGGAUGCGUGGCCGAGCCGGGGAGCCCGGCCGCCCCGCGGAGCCGGCCUCGGUGCCUCCCACCCGGGGGUAGAUGCUGCCUCGCCCAGGCGCUGCAGCCUGAGUGACCAGACCAUGGAGACCCUGCUUGGUGGCCUGCUGGCGUUUGGCAUGGCGUUUGCCGUGGUCGACGCCUGCCCCAAGUACUGCGUCUGCCAGAACCUGUCUGAGUCGCUGGGGACCCUGUGCCCGUCCAAGGGGCUGCUCUUCGUGCCCCCGGACAUCGACCGGAGGACGGUGGAGCUGCGCCUGGGCGGCAACUUCAUCAUCCACAUCGGCCGCCAGGACUUCGCCAACAUGACGGGGCUGGUGGACCUGACCCUGUCCAGGAACACCAUCAGCCACAUCCAGCCCUUCUCCUUCCUGGACCUCGAGAGCCUCCGCUCCCUGCACCUCGACAGCAACCGGCUGCCCAGCCUCGGGGAGGACACGCUGCGCGGCCUGGUCAACCUGCAGCACCUCAUCGUGAACAACAACCAGCUGGGCGGCGUCGCCGACGAGGCCUUCGAGGACUUCCUGCUGACGCUGGAGGACCUGGACCUCUCCUACAACAACCUCCACGGCCUGCCCUGGGGCUCCGUGCGCCGCAUGGUCAACCUGCACCAGCUGAGCCUGGACCACAACCUGCUGGACCACAUCGCCGAGGGCACCUUCGCCGACCUGCAGAAGCUGGCCCGACUGGACCUCACCUCCAACCGGCUGCAGAAGCUGCCCCCGGACCCCAUCUUCGCCCGCUCCCAGGCCUCCGUGCUGGCCGCCACGCCCUUCGCCCCACCCUUGUCCUUCAGUUUCGGGGGGAACCCCCUGCACUGCAACUGUGAGCUCCUCUGGCUGCGGAGGCUGGAGCGGGACGAUGACCUGGAGACCUGUGGCUCCCCGGGGGGCCUCAAGGGCCGCUACUUCUGGCACGUGCGCGAGGAGGAGUUUGUGUGCGAGCCGCCUCUCAUCACCCAGCACACGCACAGGCUGUUGGUUCUGGAGGGCCAGGCGGCCACACUCAAGUGCAAGGCCAUUGGGGACCCCAGCCCCCUCAUCCACUGGGUGGCCCCGGAUGACCGCCUGGUGGGGAACUCCUCAAGGACCGCUGUGUACGACAACGGCACCCUGGACAUCCUCAUCACCACGUCUCAGGACAGCGGUGCCUUCACCUGCAUCGCCGCCAAUGCCGCCGGGGAGGCCACGGCCACGGUGGAGGUCUCCAUCGUCCAGCUGCCACACCUCAGCAACAGCACCAGCCGCACGGCGCCCCCCAAGUCCCGCCUCUCGGACAUCACUGGCUCCAGCAAGACCAGCCGGGGAGGGGCAGGCAGCGAGGGUGGGGAGCCUCCCAAGAGCCCCCCAGAACGGGCUGUGCUUGUGUCUGAUGUGACCACUACCUCGGCCCUGGUCAAGUGGUCGGUCAGCAAGUCAGCGCCCCGGGUGAAGAUGUAUCAGCUGCAGUACAACUGCUCCGACGAUGAGGUACUGAUUUACAGGAUGAUCCCAGCUUCCAACAAGGCCUUCGUGGUCAACAACCUGGUGUCCGGGACCGGCUACGACCUGUGCGUGCUGGCCAUGUGGGACGACACGGCCACGACGCUCACGGCCACCAACAUCGUGGGCUGCGCCCAGUUCUUCACCAAGGCCGACUACCCGCAGUGCCAGUCCAUGCACAGCCAGAUCCUGGGCGGCACCAUGAUCCUGGUCAUCGGCGGCAUCAUCGUCGCCACACUGCUGGUCUUCAUCAUCAUCCUCCUGGUGCGCUACAAGGUCUGCAACCACGACGCCCCCGGCAAGAUGGUGGCCGCCACGGUCAGCAACGUGCACUCACAGACCAAUGGGGCGCAGCUGCCCGCUGUGGGGGGUGUGCCCAGCGGGGCCCCCGCCCCGGCCCCAGGGCCGCCCAAGGUGGUGGUGCGCAAUGAGCUGCUGGAUUUCAGUCCCAGCCUGGCCCGGGCCAGUGACUCCUCUUCCUCCAGCUCCCUGGGCAGCGGGGAGGCCGGGGCGCUGGGGCGGGGGCCCUGGAGGCUCCCGCCCCCUGCCCCGCGCCCCAAGCCCAACCUUGACCGCCUGAUGGGGGCCUUCGCCUCCCUGGACCUCAAGAGUCAGAGAAGGGAGGAGCUGCUGGACUCCAGGACUCCUGGCGGGAGAGGGUCUGAGACACCGGCCAGGGGCCACCACUCGGACCGAGAGCCGCUGCUGGGACCACCUGCGGCCCGGGCCAGGAGCCUGCUCCCCCUGCCCCUGGAGGGCAAGGCCAAACGCAGCCAUUCCUUCGACAUGGGUGACUUCGCAGCUGCAGCGGUGGCAGCAGGAGGGGGCGCCCCGGGUGGCUACAGCCCCCCUCGGAGGGUCUCGAACAUCUGGACGAAGCGCAGCCUCUCCGUCAAUGGCAUGCUCUUGCCCUUUGAGGAGAGUGACCUUGUGGGGGCCCGGGGCACGUUUGGCAGCUCCGAGUGGGUGAUGGAGAGCACGGUGUAGGCUCGGGGUGUCCUCCUCCUGCAGGUGGAAGGGGAAUCUUUACUGGCAAGUCUUUGUGGGGUUUCCAUGGUGAUGUUUACAUCCAGGGACAGUUGAGUCUCACUGUCAACUCCCCCAGCACCUCCCAGGCCUGCCCCCCACCCCCUGCCCAGCAGGGUGUGCUCAGGGAAAGCGACUUGACCACCAAGUGUCAGAUGAGCCCUGAGGGUUUGGAAAGGCCGACACUCGCCUCUCCAGUCACAAAUGCAGCGGAUAAGCAAGCGCGUUGGAUGCUUCCGGUUCUGGUGUUGUUUUUAUUGGUUAAUUUAUUUUCUCCCACUUCCCAAGCACCCCCUCUUCACUCACACAGAUAACGGGGAGUUUGCUCUCCAUCUGAGAGUCAGUGCCGGGGCCCUGUGUUGGCCGUCACUGCCAAUGGAGAGAAGAGGCGGAUGGUGGUUCCACGUGUGUUUGGGGGAGACCCCUUAUUAUUCACAGCCGUCCCCACAGUUGGAGGGUUGAGUGACCCCCAUAACUGACCCAGCUUCUCUUGCUCUCACACAUGACUGUCCACAUCCAUCACAUCAGCUUAAACCCCAGGUGGCUUCCAAGACUCCCCAUGUCCAGGAGAGGGGCCGGGGUUCUGAGGCUCCGGGCCUGAGGGAUAUAAGCUCUUGGAGUUCCUUUGGGAUUUGUGCCUCUUUGGGUGGGAGCUGGGACAGGAAGUCCCCAUGAGCAUGUGGUGGGCCAAGAGGACUUCGUAAGGAAGGCAGGGUGGGUUGCCAUAAGGAGCUGGACUUUGAGUCCAACGCUCUGAGGCAGGGUCCCAGAGCCACCAUCGAGUCAACCAGCUGAAAACACUGGGGGCUGGGGGUCCUUUCCUCUCUUUGGACUUCAGUCCCUAAAUCACAAAAUACUGGGUUGCACCGGGCCAUUCCAGUUCCAAGGACUCAUGAGCUCCCAUGGCUUUAAAUGUGAGGUCUCCAGCUCGGCGCCCCAGGGCGCACAGGCUGGUGGAGCAGCCCCUCCCCCUCCUGCUGCGCAUGGGGGACCCUAGAGGCUUUGCAGGGAGAGCCGAGCCUUUCCAGUGUCGUGGUUUUGAAGCUGGAAAAGGUGCUUGCAAUUAUCCCCAUAACCCUUUCUCCCCGCCCCCCGAGCAGAAGGGACUUGCCCAAGGUCACACUGUGAGCUAGUGACCACGCCAGCACAGAGGCCAAGGCAGCCUUCCCCGGGGGGAUGGGGCGUCUGUUCCCAGGUCUGCACCCUGACCAGGGCAUGUCUGUGAAUAGAGUCUGUCCUCUGUUUGUUCCUGAAGGAGCUGGCUCAGGGUGGGGUGUGGGGGGCCUUCCCUCGAUGCCAUCUCUGAGCAGGGCCCGUGUGUGGAAAUGACACGAUGGUGAUGGGAGGGGCACAUGGGCUCCCUCCACGUGGGACCAACCCCACCCUCCCACAGAGACGUGGCCGGGGAGACACCGCCCUCGGAGCCUCGGAAGGACUUGCCUCAUCUCUCUCUCCCGGCCUCCGUUCCAGGCCUCUCCGCAUUGCCAACGCACUACCUCUCACUGGUCUCCCCAACUCAUUCUCCCCCUCCCAUGCCUCCACCAUUGCUCUCUUGUCCUUCUCCCUCCUUCUUCUACUUGCCAACCACACAGCAUACAGAGCAUACAGGUGAGUCUGUCUGGGGCUGGAAAGUCCUGAUGGGCCCAGGCCUGGAGCUGAGCUGUGGCCCCCACCCCAGCCCAGAGCACACAGGAGGGUGGGGACUGUCUAUGCAGGAUUGCCUUCUGGCUCCAGCCCAGGAGCCUCCGAACCCCAUGCCUUCACCCUUCCUUCCCACUCCCUCCCUUUCCCCUCGCCUCACCUUCCCGCUACCUCCUGUUUUCACUCUUCCUGUGACUCUCUGCCCUCCCCAGUCCCUUUCCGGUCCUGACAAGGUCAUUCACGACGAGGCCAGUCUCUUCCUGAGACCAUACGUUAGUUUCCCAGGCCAGUCCCUGUGCCAGAGCACAGGCCAUCCCCCGUCAUGGAGGCACCCACAGAGGGGACCUGAAACAUCCCCCACCUCCCUCCUCCCCGACCCGUUUCCUCCUCUCUCUCUUCUCUGCACCUUUCUCACUCAGCCUUUCAAAAUGUAGCCAUUGAAGAAGUGACCCCAAACACCACCUUUCUUUCUGCCUUUGGGUUCAGACACCCGAGGGGAAGCGGUGGACACGGGGAGGGGGAACCAGGCGUCUGUUCCCGUCAGUGGCUCCGAGCUCUGUCGUGACAUGAUAUGUACUUGCGUGUGUCUGUCAUGUUUCUGACUUGGGUUAGGAAAGCAUCAUUCCUGUGGUCAGAAUAUAAAUGCCAA